AACGCAGCUUUACAGUCCAAGAACUAUACGCAAACACAGAGUAAGUUUAAGUCAUUUUUCGUAUGGGCCACGAGAGUUUUUAAGUGGACUUUGUUAAAUGGUUUACAGCUGAGAGCUCAGCAUUAUAAUCCAGACUUUAUUUAAUAAGCAGCCGCGGUGGAUUAAAAUGAGCAAGAACAGUGUGGCUCCUACGGCUCGCUUAGCCCACAAUGCAGGCGCCCUUGCAUACCAUCACGCAGCCAAGAAAGAAGACGACCACAACGUACCGACACAUCCCCAGUUGUCAAAGUUGGUUGACCUAAUUCUUCGCGAAACUCCUCAAGAUCUGAAAAAUUUCCUGGCUAGCAAUCAAAAUUGCGACCAGCUUCGCAACAAGUUAGAUCACAACCAGAUGGCUGCAAUGCACUACGCUGGCCAGCGAAUCCAGCCGGGAAGCAGAGAAAUUGUUCGAAUUUUGGUUGACAAAAAAUUCGAUCUAAGUUUAAAGCAGCCCUCAAGCGGCAAAACGAUUUUGCACUUCGCAAUUGAGCAUGACAACACGGCAUUGGUUAAGUUUCUGAUUGGUCAGAAAAGUGUGAAUGUAACAGAAACUGCCUACGCGAGCAUACGGUUGCCGGAAGGCAUGACCCACUCGGCUGGAAACAACCUGCUGCAUUUUGCCGUUGCCAGAGGAAAUCGGGAUCUUGUGGAACUUGUGUCCACAGAUAAAAAGACAAAAUCUCUGUGUGAAGCCCGCAAUCAACUUAGUUUGACCCCUUUAGAGCUAGCUAUGAUGCUAAAAAAUGAGCAAAUUUCGAAGAUACUUCUGGGUAAAAUAACCGGUCACGUGAACGAAAGUUUGAACAAAAUGGGGGAUCCUUUAUUGCAUUGGGCUAUCAAAAUGAUCGACUUGAAAUUUCUCGAAACGAUUGAUUUUCUAAACCAAAAUCAGACUCUUGACCUGAGAUGUACGAACCGAUUCGGACAGUCGAUUUUGAGUUAUUUGGUUCGCUUGGAUAAAUUUGACGAAAUCAAAUUCGUGUUUCAAGUUAUGAAAACUCCGAAUUUGCGACGUGAGCUGGCGAAACUAGCAGACCGCGACGGGACAACGGCUUUGAUGUUCGCUAUCAGAAAAGCAAACACAGACAUUGUGAAGUUUCUGAUGGAUGAAGGCGCAGACGUGAACCACGUGAACGAAGAAGGCUUCACACCUCUGAUGACAGCCUGUGUGCAUAACAAGGACAGUGUGAUUGUGGAUCUGCUGAUGGAAAGGGGGGCUGGAACAGACCAGAUUAACUCGGCAGGACAGACGGCGCUCCAUCUCCUAGCCCAGGCCACUCACAUUCCGUCGAUGCUGAAUGUGAACCUGCUCAAAGCCAAACUGCUUGUGGAAGAGUACGACGCCUCCGUCGACAUAAGCACGGGGGGAUCCAGUGCACCAACUGCUCUCUUCACGGCCAUUCUGAGUGGAAACUUCCCCUUCACUCAGUACCUGUUGCAGGCGGGUGCGGACGUUAAUUUAUGCAACGCCAACAACGAGUCAGUUCUGUUCAUAGCUGUUACGCAAUCCAACAGCCAAUUAUGCAAUCUGCUGCUUGAACACAACUCCCAACUCAGUUUGCAAGAUUCUCUUUACGGCCAGUCAGUUUUUCACAUCGCAGCUUCACUUUUUGCCACUAAGGAGCAGCUCAAAGUCUUGUCGAGAAUGUUGGCUAUGGUCAAAUCAGCCAAACGUUGGGGUGCUGGCAGAGGCGAGAACCAACGAAGGUCUGUUUUGGACUUGCAGGAUUCUGCCGGGCAAACUCCUCUCCAUAAGGCGGUGAUUGCAGGAAAUCUUGAAACGCUCGGCUUACUUCUAAAAUCUGACGUGCGCACGGGGCUGUACUUGAGUGUGGUUGCAUUGUGCUUGGGGGGGAUGGUGCUGGAAGUGGUGCCACUGGUGCUGCUCAAAUCCCUCUACUGGAGCAGGGUAUCCAACUGGUACGAGUUCGCCUUCUUCGCUGUCAUCACACUCACACUCGUAGUCUACUACUUCCUAGUCACAGAUGCUGAGUUUGGGGAACACGUGCCCUCUGACGCCAGCUGGUUCCGCCUGACUGUGGUGCUGUUCCUGCUGUGGAUCAACGUGGGGUUCCACAGCCGGCAAAACCAGUACUUCGGCAUCUACAUUGUCAUGCUAUUUGGCAUCCUCGCCACAUUCUUCAAACUACUCUUGCCACUAGCCUUCUUUCUCCUCGCCCCUGCCCUUUGCCUCUACGUCAUCAACCCAGACUCAAACCCCAACUUCCGAACUCCAGUCAACUCGGCCUUCAAGAGCUUCUACAUGGUGAUCGGAACUUACGCUGGGGAUGAGAAUGAAAACGCAAUCGGAAACUGGAUCGAAGUUCUUCAGGCGUUUUUGGCACUUUUCUUCAUCUUUUUCGUGACAAUAGUGAUGAUGAAUUUGAUCACUGCAGUGGCUAUCGGCGAUGUACAGGCCGCAGAGAAAAACGCCGAAGAAACCAAAUUAGAACUCUCUGCAAAUCUCAUCAUAGAGACUGAGUUCUUCAGACGAAAAAUACUGCGUCGUGGAAACUCGAAAAACAAGGGCCGAAACAACGAACUGUGGAAGCUAGACGACUCAAGGUCAUUCGGACUAACGAGGAUAUUCGAAGGACUCUGGGGUAGAUCCAUUCUGUCCAAGUCCAGAAUAAUCCAGGAGAUAAGAGAGCGAUACUUGAAUAAGUACGACUUCGACCUGGUCGAACAAGAAAUGGAAACUGCGAUGCUCUCAACCGCAAGCGGCCUGAAUAUGAAAGAGCUGCAAACAGUAAUCGAGCGUGAGCUUAGAAAACAGCAGUUGUCCCUAGUAAGAGCACUCAAAAGCGAUUUCGAGCCGAUUUCAGAGUCUAUUGAUAAACUAAACGAUCGUCAAAACAUCACAAAUGAGCAGUUGACAGAAAAAUUUGAAACAACCAUUCAAAACAUGUCGGAAGAUAUUAAGAAAUUUGUGCCGAGCGACCAACAGCUGGGAUAUGAACAGAAGUUGAAUUCGCUUUUAAACAUGGGCGCAACCAGAAAGAAAAUCGAUCAAUUUGACGGUGAAUUGUCGGAGCUGAAAAACUACAUGGGAAAAAUUGAUAGACGACUGGCCGAUUACAAAGAAUUUAUUGACGACACACCUUUGGAAUCCAUGGUCGAUUUGCGCAAACGUGGAAGACAAUCGAAGCCAUAAAAAAAACAGAAUUUGGCAAAAAAAAAUUGAUAUCUGACAGGUUGUAGAAUGUCAAAUUGUUAUUUAAGCAAGUAAGAUUGUACAUUUUGUAAGAUGUAAAAAAAGUAAGAUUGUACAGUUUGUAGUUUUUCAGCACUCAAAUUGAA